UGUUACCCAGGCUGGUCUUGAACUCCUGCCUCAGCUUCCCAAAGUGCUGGGAUUACAGGUGUGAGCCAUUGUGCCAGGCCUAGUUUAUAAUCUUGAAAGCAUCUAGUUCACAGGAGCAUAAAGCUGCCUCACCCAUAAGCAGGUAUGAGUAAAUGAACAGUGUUACAGGGUAAAAUAGGCAUUAGGAAUGCUAUUUGAAGGUAUUAGAAAUGGUGGUGGAGAUUGAAUGUCAUUAAUGCUCUGAUCCAAGAGCCUGGAAAUAUCUGCACUCAACCCCAACCUGCACUCGCCAUAGUCUUCUAAACAAGAUUUUCAAAGGAGACACACGAGAAUCAAUGGCUAGGGGAAACAAGGACUUCCUUUGUGCUGCACCUGUUUCCCAAACCCUAGUAUAAAUGUGGACCAGAGGAUGUGGUUGGGACUAAAGGCCUCUAGAACUAUUUCCUUCUCCUUGGCACCUUACCACCGCCUGGCUGGCCAGGGCAUCUCAAUUCAUGAGAAUAGAAUGAACAAAGAGUUAGGAUGACCAGAACUCAUCAAUGAGUGAGUGGGCCCCAGCUCUUUUCCUAUCCCAGUUUCAUAGGAACAAAGAAAAGAAGCAGCAAAAAAAGGACAUGUCCACAUGUGUGGCCUAUUAAUGGAAGAAGGCCUUACUCAUUGCUAGAUGUGGUUCAUUAAGUAUUCUAUGAGCUCAUCAAUCAGGUUGGCAACUCAUGGGGGCAGGGAGCAGGGCUUGUGAAUAUUUCUCAGGUUCUUUGGGACCCUACCUCCCUUUACUGCCACCACAGCCCAAGCCACCUCCAGAUCUUGCCUGUGUUCCUGCAAGUUUGUGCACAUCCACUCUUAUUGGCCUCCAGUCUUUGCUCCAGAUAACAGCCAUGUGAAGCCCUUCAGAAGCUUUUCUCAGUUGCUAUUUGCAUAAACACGAAGCACCUUACCUUGGCCCUGCAUGGUCAUCUGCUGCCCACAUCCCAGCCUGCCCACAGUCAGCCUCUUGUCCUCUCUGCUCUUUGUCUGCAGGACUGCUUUCAGCUCCAAAUACUUGGAUGUGCUGUUUUUGGCCAGCAAGGCACUAUUUUCUCUCUAUGCUCUAUUAAACUCCCCACGCCCACCCUAUCCUCCAGAUUUCAGCCCUAGCAUCAUCUCAGAAAAGCUUAUCCUGAUUUCCCUGUUUAGGUAAUUUCAACCAUUUCGGAGUCUCUGAUCACCCUGUAUGAUUUUUCUACCAUAGAUGGCUAUGUAAUGUUGUGCUUCUCAGUGUGAGAAUUUGAUUAUUGUCUCCCCCACCUGUCCAGAGCAGUCUUGCUCCCCACUGUGUGUUCAGUGCUGGCCAUGGUGCUUGGCGAUCAGCAGAUAUUUGGUGACCGUGGUUGAAGGAGAGAAUCCAGGCCCUGUGAGUUAUAUCCCAGGGUGCAAAGAGUCAGCUUGCAGGCCCUGCAGAAGAAUCACUGCCAGGGAGUUUGAGGCUUUGUGGGUAACAGCAGUGGGACCAGAAUACUGGUCAUGUGAUUUUCAAAAUGGGGCAUGGGGCAGAAUUCUGAAAAUAGCUGAUCUGAAUUUCAGUCCCCAGGAAAAUUCUAGAAUGUAUAACAACUUUGUCCGGUAGGCUUGCCAGGUCUUGUCAUUAACUCCAUGCUACAAAUAAGGAAACUGAGGCUCAGACACAUCAAGGUCAUAUAAUAAAAAGUGAGAGUUAGGACUCACAUUCAGACCUGAAUUCUCUCAUCUAUGCUCUUGAAGGUGUGACAUUGGGUCUUCCCUAGAUGAUAUUUAAGUAAAUGCUGGAUGCUAAUAUCAUAUUGUUGUCCCAGUCCAGUAAGGCCGCCACUGUCAUAAAAUAAGCUGGACUCUGUUUUGUAGGCUCUUUUCUGCAUCACAUAUGUUCUUAUGCACCUACCAGGCCCUGGCCAGUGACAGAUGCCAGGUGGCUGACAGAGAGAGAAGGACUUUCUCUUGCCAGAGGGCAAACCCCCAGAGUCAACAAAUGGCUUAGAUCCUGGAGCAGAACCUGCUUGACAGGAGCUGGGGACACCUGACAGCAGGUGUCCCCAGUGGCGGCCCCUCCCUUUCCACCCAGCCCUGCCAGGAGCCAGGGCAACAGGCUGGUCCCUGUGGGGUCCCCCCCUCCUCAGGUGCCCUCAGACUGUGUGCGGGGCUCAUACUUGGCCCAAGUUUGCAUCUCCUGACUCAUCCCUUCCAAUGCCCAGCAAGGCCUGGCAGCCCUUGGGACAGACUUCCCCCGUGGAUCUGGGGCUCUGGGAAGCACACUUCAAAGUCCAGGAAAACCUUUUCCUGUCUUCUCUUUUCACCUGGAUUAAGGAGGCUGCAUUGUGUAGAGGAGAGAGCCUGGUAUUAGAACCAGACCUAGAUUCAAUCCUGGUUCUACCCUCAGAGCUAGCAAACCUUUCUGAGCAUGUGCAAAAUUCCUGUGUUUUUUUUAAGAAAUAGGUAGGCAUGCCUAGGAGAGUGCAUCACCAUGACCAACUAAAAAAUUUAUAUACACUAUAUAUAUAUAUAUAGUGUAUAUAUAUAUAUAUAUACACUACAGUGUAUAAAUAUAUAUAUGUAUAUGUGUGUAGUAAGUUACCUGUGCUCCUUCAGUGAUAUAUUCACACCCUCUCCUUGUCACUGAAAAUGGUAACUACAGUAAGACACCACAACUACCAAGCUGUAUUUUAUCUUUCCAAUGCUUGGGAGAGGGGGGAAACCCUGCUGGGCUAGAAAUUUCAUAAUUUCAACCUUGGCUAUGCAUUAGAAUCACCGGAGGAGUUUAAAGAAAAUACUGAUGCCCAGGCCCCAUACCAGACCAAUUAAGUAAUUAAGACAGAAUCUCUGGGGGUGGGUCCCCCGUAUUGGUACUUUCUGAAAGGACCCCUAGGCGAUCGUAAAGUUCAGCCAGGGAUUGUAAAGUACACGUCAGACUAGCUGACCCACCUCUCCAGGCACUUCUGAUUCGGGUUCUAGGCCCAGGCUGUGAGAUAUGUUGUGUACAUGCGUAUUUACACCAUGAUUGUCAACCUGCUUUCACAUUUCUGUUCCAGUUGACUAUGUGUAAACUCUGGUCCCUCCCCAGGGUUCAGACUUUCUGACAAAUGAGGUUAUCAUUCAAGACAUGGGUUCUCUGCCUUUACACAGAAGGCAAUUCUCAGCUCCGACCAUGGAAGGAAAGAAAAGAAAGAGCUUCUUUCUGUCUGAGACUGAGCCGGGUAGGACCCACAGAGCAGCAGGCUCAUUGUGUGCUUCAACUUGAGAUUGAGUUGUUACUGAAUAGGAAAAAAAAGGUGAGUUUAAUAACAAUAUUUUUCACAUAACUGGGCUGCAGUGACAGUGAAUUCAAUGAAAUAAAUAAAAAUACUUCAAAAGGAAGCAAAACAUUUUUUUCCUUGGUUGGAUGCACUGUGUCUUUGGUAUCUAAUGAUGCAUAACAAAUUACCUGAAAACUCAGUGGCUUAAAACAACAAUAAUUUAUUCUCUCUCGAAGUUUCUAUGGGUCAGGAAUUCAGACGGAGCCCAGCAAGCACAGCUUUUCUCUGCUCCUACAGUAUCUGUAACUUCAGCUGGAGGCUGGAAUCAUCUGAAGGCUUGUUUCACUCUCAUGUCUGGCAGGCGCUACUGGCCAUGGACUAGAACACCCACAUGUGGCCUGGGCUUCCUCACAACAUGGUGGCUGAAUCCUGAGGAGGGGUCUCCCCACCCUCCCAGACCACCAGGACUCUGUUUGCACAAGCCUGGACCAGAUGUCUCAGGUGCAGGAACUCUUCCACGAGGCAGCUCAGCAGGGGGCCCUGGCCCAGCCCUGGCCCUGGUGGAAGAUCCAGCUGUUUGUAUGGGAGCCAGUGCUGUUUGGGACCUGGGAUGGUGUCUUCACGUCCUGCAUGAUCAACAUUUUUGGGGUUGUGCUUUUCUUGAGGACUGGCUGGCUGGUGGGAAACACAGGAGUGCUCGUGGGCAUGUUUCUGGUGUCCUUUGUGAUCCUGGUGGCCCUUGUCACCGUACUGUCUGGCAUCGGUGUCGGGGAGCGUGGCGGCGUGGGCAGUGGCGGCGUCUACUCCAUGAUCUCCUCCGUGCUCGGCGGGCAGACAGGUGGCACGAUUGGGCUGCUCUACGUGUUUGGACAGAGCAUGGUUUUAUUGGAUAUUCACCAGAACUGCUACAGAACAACACUCUGCCAGAUUACAGCCCUGGGGAGUCUUUUUUCACUGUCUUUGGGGUUUUCUUCCCAGCAGCUACAGGAGUCAUGGCUGGCUUCAACAUCGGGGGCGACCUCAGGGAGCCCGCCGCCAGCAUCCCCCUGGGCUCCCUAGCAGCUGUUGGCAUCUCGUGGUUUUUGUACAUUGUCUUCGUCUUCCUGCUUGGCGCCAUCUGCACCCGCGAGGCCCUUCGUUACGACUUCCUGAUAGCCGAAAAGGUGUCCCUGGUGGGCUUCCUGUUCCUUCUGGGCUUGUACAUCUCAUCCCUGGCCUCCUGCAUGGGAGGACUCUACGGAGCCCCCCGGAUCCUGCAGUGCAUCGCUCAGGAGAAAGUGAUCCCUGCACUUGCCUGUCUGGGGCAAGGGAAAGGGCCAAAUAAAACACCUGUAGCCGCCAUCUGCUUGACCAGCUUGGUGACCAUGGCCUUUGUCCUUGUGGGUCAGGUGAAUGUUCUGGCCCCCAUCGUCACCAUCAACUUCAUGCUGACGUACGUCGCGGUGGACUACUCUUACUUCUCCCUGUCCAUGGGUCCCUGCAGCCUCCCCCAGGUGCCCGAGCCAGUGCUCAGGGAGGACCCAGAAGCUCUCCACUGCUCCGAGCACCUGCUCUUGGAGAAAGCUCCCAGCUAUGGCUCUGAGGGCCCUGCCCAAAGCGUCUCUGAGGGCACGCUGCUAGAAUUCACCAAGGACAUGGACCAGCUCCUCCAGCUGACCAGGAGGCUCGAGAGUGGCCAGCCCAGGCAAGGAGAGAGUAGCAGGGUCCCAGAGAGUCAGAAGAGGAAACACAAGAAGGCCACCAAGCAAGCCCUACAAGACAGCUUCCUCUUGGACCUCAAGUCCCCUGCUUCCUUCCCCACUGAGGGCUCUGACAGGUUGCCCACUGCUUCCUGGGAGGAGCAGGAGUCCUGCUGGAACAAGCAGCCUUCCAGGACUGAAGGGACUCAACCUCAGGGCACAUAUGGAGAGCAAGUUGUCUCUGAGUUGUGUAACCAGACAGGGCCGAGUGGAGAAGAUUUCUUCCUGAAGUCCAGGCUCCAGGAACAAGAUAUCCAGAGGAGACCAACUUCUUUCUACAGCCACAUGUGUAACCCCUGGGUCUCCCUGUUGGGGGCUGUUGGGUCCCUUCUCAUCAUGUUUGUGAUCCAGUGGGUCUAUACCCUGGUUAGCAUGGGUGUUGCUGCCAUUGUGUAUUUCUACAUUGGCCGGGCCAGUCCAGGGCUUCCCCUUGGAUCAGCUUCCAACUUCAGCUUUUUCCGGUGGAUGAGGUCUCUUCUGAUCCCCUCCUGCAGGAGCUUGCGGUCCCCCCAGGAGCAGAUAAUUUUGGCACCGUCCCUGGCCAAGGUUGACAUGGCGAUGACGCAGCUCACCCAGGAGAACGCGGACUUCGCCACCCGGGACCGCUACCACCACUCCUCCCUCGUGAGUCCGGAACAGCUGAUGCCUCAGUACUAGCCGCAGCGCUGGGACCUGCCUCUUUGGGCGCUGUCCUGUGCACAGUGGAGCCAAGUCCCGCAACCGUCGGGGAGCUGCUUCUCCUCGGCAGGAACCUCAGGGCCCGCCUUCCCACUGCUGCUCUGGACAGCGCAGACCAACCUGCGCUGUGGUCUGGAGCACCAUGGCCCACCCAUGGUGACAUUGGAGUGGCGGUGGCUCUGCAACACCACACCCAGUCUGAAGAGCUCCACGUGGGCCACCAGGACCACCUAUCAGGUGUGGAGAGCCAGAACCGGAUUGCUUGUUCUGAGGGCCACAAUAAAUGCUUAUUUUAUAUUGUA